AUGCCUAUCCCCAGCAAGCACCCCAACAUCGGCCGCUCACAGAGCUGGGAUGCUGCCGGCUGGUAUGAAGGCAACUGGGAGAGCGAGAAUGCCUUUGAGUACCAGAGGCCACCAGGCCGGAGGAGCUCCCUGACCUACGGUGGCGAGGGUGGCUGGUAUGAGCCACCACGAGCAAACGAUAUCAUCUUGCAGGGCGGUGCAGAGCUGAAGCAAGAGGCGUACCCGUACCAGGAUGCCACCUUUGCUCCAGGGCCCCUCAGGAAAGGCUCUGUUCCCGACUUCACCUACUGCGACCGGCAGGCAGCCAUGGCGGGCCGGGGCUCCCUGCCACCCCAGGAUUACUACAGUGAUCCAUCCUUGGCAACCAGGUCGCCCAAGGACCCCCGCUACUACCGCGACCAUGUGGUGAGCAGGCCGCUGGCGAGCUAUGGGGUGCCUGGCAGCCGGCUCUCCUGGGACCAGGCUCCGGGGCGCCCGCCUGCCCCACUGGAGGCCACCCGCCUCUACCGGGAUCCCAAGAUGGCCCUGGAUGGACAGCGAAUGCGCAGCAGAGACGUCUCCCCAGCACGGUACAGCAUGGAGCCCACUGGCCCACGGUAUGCCGCAGAGCCACCCACCUUCCCCAGCAGGCAGGCCUAUGGGGAUGGGGCAGAGCGGCCCCCUGAGCCAGCGGGAGCCAGGCAGGCUGCACCCACCUGCCUGGUGGUGGAUCCCACCAGCAGCACCAGCACUGGCUAUGGGCCAGGCCGCGAGUGUGCUGGCACCAAGGGUUCUUAUGACAGCUAUGAGGCAGCGGUGCCAACACCACCCCACCCGCCGGUGCUCCCCACCUUUCCUGGGCCAGAGGGGAAGAGGAGCUUUGACCCUGAGUUUGUGGCACUGCUGCGUGCAGAAGGCGUCUCAGAGAGCACCUUCGCUGCCUUGCUGCAGCAGGGCUUUGACUCCCCAAACCUGUUGGCCAUGAUGGAGGAGAAUGACAUCAAAUCUGUGGCUCCAAACCUGGGGCAGGCCCGUGUGCUCUCCCGCAUUGCCCAUAAUUACAAGGCAGAAAUGCAGCUGCAGAGGCAGGAGCGGAGGACUGGGACACUGCGCCCCAGGACCCGCUCCAACAGCUUCAGCCACCGCAGUGAGCUGCCAGGUGACUAUGGGAUACCCCUGGGCUCAGGGCCCACCACGGAUGGCCCUGCCAUCCCACAGCCCCAGCCUCCACUGCAGCCAAUCUCCCCAAGAGGAGUGGAGAUGCACCGCCGGCCAUCCAGCGCCCCAACCCAGCACCUGCUGGAGACCACCACCUACCCUGCUUCUGCAGGGGCUCCUCAGGGGCCACACUUUCUCCCUGGUUCUGGAUACAACACCCCUCUGCCUUGCAACACACACCCACGCCCAGCCUCUGCUUACUCUGCUCCGGUCGGCAUGCCCAUGACCACGGCCAACCCACAUGCCAGCCCCAAAACAGCCUACCCUACCACCUACACCGUGCCCAUGGAGCUGAUGAAGAGAGAGCGGACAGCAACUGCAUCACCAGCACCCAGCCCACAUGGCAGCCCUCAGCUCCUCCGACGGCCAGGACCACCAGGGGACAGCAGCCUGACACCCGUUGGACCCACUUUUCCUGCUCAGCCCUCCCCGUACCCGAAGCUCAGCAGGCGCACAGGACCCCCAGUCAUCGUCUCCACCAUGGCAUCACCUGAACCAAGUAUUCGCCCUCAAAUCAUGAAUGGCCCCAUGCACCCCCGGCCCCUGGUGGCACUGCUGGACGGCAGGGAUUGCACAGUGGAGAUGCCCAUACUGAAGGACCUGGCGACGGUGGCAUUCUGUGACGCACAAUCAACUCAGGAGAUUCAUGAGAAGGUAUUAAAUGAAGCUGUUGGGGCAAUGAUGUACCACACCAUCACACUGACUCGAGAAGAUCUGGAGAAGUUCAAGGCCUUACGGGUCAUUGUUCGAAUAGGCAGUGGCUAUGACAACAUUGACAUCAAAGCUGCAGGGGAGCUUGGGAUCGCUGUUUGCAACAUCCCCUCGGCUGCCGUGGAGGAGACAGCCGACUCCACCGUCUGCCACGUCCUCAACCUGUACCGGCGGAACACGUGGCUGUACCAGGCGCUGCGCGAGGGCACGCGGGUCCAGAGCGUGGAGCAGAUCCGGGAGGUGGCCUCCGGCGCUGCCCGCAUCCGAGGGGAGACGCUCGGCCUCAUCGGCUUUGGUCGCACUGCGCAGGCAGUCGCGGUCCGAGCCAAGGCAUUCGGCUUCAACGUGAUCUUUUAUGACCCAUACCUGCAGGAUGGGAUAGAGAGGUCCCUGGGAGUCCAGCGGGUCUACACGCUGCAGGACCUGCUCUAUCAGAGCGACUGUGUCUCGUUGCACUGUAACCUUAAUGAACACAACCACCACCUCAUCAAUGACUUCACGAUUAAGCAGAUGAGGCAGGGAGCAUUCCUGGUGAAUACGGCACGUGGGGGGCUGGUGGAUGAGAAGGCCUUAACUCAAGCCCUGAAGGAGGGUCGGAUACGAGGGGCUGCGCUCGACGUGCACGAGUCAGAACCAUUCAGUUUUGCUCAAGGCCCACUGAAAGAUGCUCCUAACUUAAUCUGUACCCCCCACACCGCUUGGUACAGUGAGCAGGCAUCACUAGAGAUGAGAGAAGCUGCUGCUACUGAAAUACGGCGUGCCAUCACAGGGCGCAUCCCAGAAAGCCUACGGAACUGCGUGAAUAAGGAAUUCUUUGUAACAACAGCUCCGUGGUCAGUAAUAGAUCAGCAAGCAAUCCAUCCAGAGCUCAAUGGUGCCACAUACAGGUAUCCACCUGGGAUGGUCAGUGUCACACCAGGAGGAAUACCAGCAGCUAUGGAGGGCAUCAUCCCUGGAGGCAUCCCCGUUACCCACAAUCUUCCCACAGUGGCACACCCUUCCCAAGCUCCAUCUCCCAACCAGCCCACAAAACAUGGGGACAACAGGGAACAUCCCAACGAGCAAUAG